GGAGGAGCCUGAAUAGAAACCAAACAACUCUCCACACCCUGUGGCCUCUGGGAAGUUUCUCCGCAUUCCUGCAAUAGAUUCAGACAUACACACCUAAAAAUUAAUAGACAGGAAGCUGGAAGGAACCUGAAGCUGAGGCUGGGAGUUUGGAGGGGCUACUGCUGUAGGACUGGAGACCAGAACCUCAUCAUCCCCGCCCUGCCAGUCUCAUCAUGAGUAAGGCAGGCGCUGAUGAAGGUGGAGCUGGGGGCUGCGGUGACUCAGCCAGACAGCUGGAGGCUAAAGAUGAAAAAGGAGGAACGUUGCUGAGCAAACUGCCUGCUGGACCCGGCUGGACCAAAGUUAGCUGCCCCUGCUGCUUCUCAGAGCGGGUGGAGCCGCUGGUUGUGGUGAAGCUUGGCGGGAAAGUCGGCCCCGAGACGAAGCGCUGGCUCAUCAAGAUGAUUGGAGCUCCUCAGAAAGAUGGAGGCGCUGCAUUACUGGCCCACCCGGGUGAGGACGCCAGCGGUGAUAUCAUCGUGGUCUCGGCCCCCCGCUGCACGUUACUUCGAGCCGCUGAAGAAUUGGGUCUUUGUAAGACUUACCGCAGCGGGGACAUGGAGGCCUUCUCCUACAAUGACAGAGACAACUUUAAAGAUUCAGAUAACAUGGAGGCGUUUCUGACGCUGGCGGAGCGACAGUACAUAGUGAAGUAUGAGCUGGAUGGACUGCGGGCGCAGAAGGACCUGAGGAUACCCGGCCUGCCUGAGAGCCGCAUGCUGCAAAAAAGAGACAACAUCUGGCAGAAGCUAUCCUCAGCCGGUGUUGUCGUGGACACGUUUCCCCUCCACAACCGAAAAAAACUGAAGGACCUCGGUGAAGCCUGGUACUCGGGGAAUCAGCUGGCUCAGCCACUUGAUUCAGUCAAUGACUAUUUUGGAAGCGCUGUGGCGUUUUACUUCAGCUUCCUUGAUUUCUACACCUGGUCUCUGCUCACACCUGCAAUACUGGGCCUGACCAUCUCAUACUUCUCAGGUGAGGCUCAGAAGGAAAUGGUGGAUUCGGUCUCGGGAUCAAAGGUCAUAAUUAAUGACGAUGACUCAGGACCGAUGAUCAGCGGCCACAUGCUUCAGGCGAUGUUCAGCAUGAUCUGGUCCACGGUGUUCAUGGAGCUGUGGAAACGUCGGAGCUCCUCGUUGUCGUACCGCUGGGGGACCAUGAACCUCGCAGAGCGUUUUGCAGAGCCCCGGCCCAAUUUCCAUGGUGACCUCGGGGUAAACCCCGUUACAGGUCGCAUGGAGCCUCUUUUCCCUGAAUGGAAGAGAGACCUGCGUAUGGUGCUGGUGUCCGUCCCAGUAGUGGGGCUGUUUCUAGGGCUGGUGGUACUCGGUAUGAUGUGUUUCUACUGGGGGGAGGCCCAGGUGAAACAGCUACACAAAGACUGGGACUCCCUGCUGUCUCAGGCUUUGCUCUACAUACCCUCAGUGCUUCACAUCGUUUACACAAACAUGCUAGGAAAUGUUUACAGGAACGUAGCGCAGAGUCUGACUGAAUAUGAGAACCACAGAGAGGAGUCAGCCUUCGAGAACCAUCUGACAGCCAAGAUUUUGGUGUUCACCUUCUUCAACAAUUUUGCCGUGCUCUUCCACAUUGCCUUCUUCAAGCAGGAUGUGCCCCUGCUUCGUAAGCGCCUGGCGUCUUUGUUGAUCGUGAGUCAGCUGGUUAACCAGGUGACAGAAGUGGUUAUACCUUUCCUGGUGGACAGAUUCAUCAGCGCCCCCCACAGGACAGAGAGUGAAGAUGACCCUCAGGAGGACAAAUUCCGGAACCAGAGAACCCUGCCUGUUUUUCCUGGCCUGUUUGCAGAAUAUAUAGAGCUCUUGGUGCAGUUUGGGUAUUUGAGUCUUUUCUCCUGCGUGUAUCCUCUGACGGCUGUGCUGCUGCUCAUCAACAACAUAACGGAGAUCCGAUCGGACGCCUAUAAGAUCUGCAACCUCUUCCGCAAGCCCUUCUCCCCUCCUGUGGCUAACAUGGGCGUGUGGCAGGUUGCUUUCGAGGUCCUGAGUUUUGUCUCCGUUAUUUCUAAUUGCUGGUUACUGCUGCUGUCACCACGGUUGCAAGAGCUGUGUCGGGAGGGCGGCCUGACCAGCACGAACGUCCUGCUGUUGGCUGUUUUGGGGGAGCACGUGCUGAUCUUAAUCAAGUUUAUUAUGGCAGCCCUGAUUCCCGAUGAACCCGACUGGAUCAGGAAGAAGAGAGAGCAAAUGGAGUACACAUCCAUGCAGGCCCUGAAAGAACAGAAGCUGCAGCCUGAAGUGUCCUAGCUGUGUUUCAAGGUUGAUGAGAUGGUGCUUGAUGUCAUUGGAGGCCACCAUCUUUAGCGUUGUGUGGAACCCAGCAGGAGAAAAGUAGUGGAUCUCCAGUGGGUCCACGAUGCUUACUGCUGUGCCCCUGUGUGAUCCCAAAGUGUUUCUGCAGCUCUUUUCUCACUGAUUAAGCCAAUGCUUCUGCGAUGUGGACACUUUGAAAUGCAGCUUCAUAAUAUCCGUACACUCCAAGUGCAAUUGAAACAGCAGCUAAAUAGUUUAUCAGACAGCAUAGACAAUGUAACUGUUACACUGCAGGUGAAGGCCAAAGGUAUUUUUUGCAGAAACCCUCUAUAAAAUGUAAUUAAAACUUUCGCCACAAGGUGGCAGCGAUUUAUAAGAAAAUUUCAGAGUAGUUGUCCAGCCCGACCAGCUUCUUUACCGUUGCUAUCUUAAAAUUUGACUCCUAAUUAAUCUAAUGUUUUUAUUUUUUUAAAGCAUGGCCUGUUCUUUUCUAGUUACCAAAAUAAGUGGGCAAGUAAGAUAGUAACACAAACUGUGUGAAUGUUGAGCUAACUCUAGCUUGAAUAAUUGGAUGACACACUAACUCACUGCACCAUCUUGUGGUUCAAAGUGGUAUUACAAUUGAGCGCAGCAAAGCCUAAAUUUCACUUUAUUUGAUAUCUCUUCAUCGUGAUACAUAUACACAGGGGUUUAAGUGGGCUGGAUCGAUCCAGAGUGGCAUUCUAGCACCUUCAGUUAAUGAGUAAUGAAAUCUAAUAGGCAGGUUACUACUGAAAUAAGUUAAUUUUUAAUGUGCUGCAGCCUAGUGCUGCUUUUAGUAAUGGGAUGGAGACAGAUCCCAAAACCUGGUUACACACAUCCCUUUCUCUUUCUCAUACCAUUCAUGGUGCGUUCAUGGUCCAGAUGCAAAGUUGUGGUCACAGUACUUAGAUUACAUUAAAAGUAAUGAUUUGUAAGUGGCAGGUAAUUUUAAAGCAAACACACAAACUGUUUCUGUGCACUUUGUCACAAAAUCAGUCUGUGAGCUAAAUUUACAGCUGCUCUAUUUCUCACGGGGGGAAUUUUGUUUUUUAAUGUGCGACACUGAGAGAUUGAGAAAGAUGUAAGAAAGAGAGGAAAGGAGAGGAAGGCGAGAUUGUUUUCAAAUGUAACCACUGCUCAGCAAGUGACAUUUUAUAGAGUGGAAAUUGAAGUCGUACAUGUAAUGUCUUCAUUCAUUUGAGAGAUUUUUAGGGUUUUUUUUACAUGAUGUUUUGCUGCAUUAUGUUUUUGUGAAACAUGUUGCAAAACAAAUUGAAGUAUAAUAAUUUUGUAAUUCAAAAGUUGCAGGCGGCUUAGUGCAGGGUAAACUGGUUGGGUUUAUGUAAUGUGCAGUAUAAAAGUGUGCAGUGAUGUUGGGCUGGUUACAUCUAGGUUACUGUUAUUAGUUUACAUCAAGGGUAGCAGAUAUCAGUUGAUAUUUAAGAUGAUGAUGUUGAACUUUACCUCUUAGCUUUAUAAUGUGUCGGGGUUGGAAAUCAGCCGUAUAGCUUAUGUAACAUCUAACUUGUUGAAUUCAGAUGGAUAAAACCACAAUGAGCAGGGAAUAUCAGAAUAGCAGCACAGGACAAAAAAAUCUACUGGGACUCACAAGGCAGAAUAUUAUACAACUUAUUUCUAAUUAAGUCGUUCUUUUUCCCUAUGCUGCACUUGAUCUUAGGGUUCCCACAUCUGCUAAAUCCCACUUUAACUCCAGCAUACCCAUGGACAUAUAACAUCAUAGUCUGUUUACACUUUUAAUUAUUUUUUAAAGGUUUUAAAUUCUUUUUAAAUUGUUGUAUUUUACAAAUAGACUACAGUAAAGCGGGUUUUUUAAAGGAUAAUGUAUACAGCAUGUAUAAUCAAUAUUUGAGAAAGGCCACUAGCAAUUCUAAAGAUGGGCAGUACACUUAAAAAUAUUUUCCAUGGUUUUCUCUCUGGGGUCUUUUUCUUCUCACUGCUGCCACCUGGUGGUAAGGUGCAGUUCGGGAUUCAUAGUUUGUGACGGUAUCUUCAAUGGCGUAAAUAUCAAAAACCAACAACUGUCCAUGAAAAGUUAGCCUUUAAAGCUGCUUGAAUCAAUACUUUGCAUACAUGCAUGUCUACAUGCAUGAUUUAAAUGCUCAUCCAUGUUUACAGUCCUCUCAAGGCACAAUUCUAAAUAGAUGCUAAUGCCACUGUGUGCUUGCUGGAUGGGAAACAUUUUUUGUGCUGACACCAAAAAUUGAUUAUUGCAGCUUUUAAAACCUCCAGCUUGAACUUACAGCUUGUAUUUUUAGGAGUGAUGACAGGUGAGUUUAGUGAGUAUUGGAAACGAAAAAGCAAAAAACAGUGGUGUACUUUACCCAGUUUUUUAUGAAUAAGCUGCAGUAAUGAGUUUGUCAUCCAAUAUUUUGCUAAAUGUACUUUUAUGCAAAGGACCAAACAAUAGGAAAUACUUUGGAUACUCCCUUGAAGAUACUGUCAACAUGACAACUAUAAUAGCUACUUUCAACUGUUUUCUUGUCAUAAGGGGUUACCACAGCAGCUAUCUUCACAGCUGAUCUCACAGUUUUACACCACAUGCACUUCCUGACAUUUAGCAUGAGCUAAAUAGAGUAAACUGUGUGCCAAUGUUUGCACUGAAAGCAGUUAGGAGCAACCAAAGGAUCGCUAUGUGCUUUGCUUUUAGAAAUGCGUUAUUUUUGUAUGUGUGGGUUUUUUACUUGCUUGUUGAAACCUUGUAGUCUGUAUCACUAUACGAGUGUUAUUGCACUGUUUAGUGCAGGUUGAUCUGAGAUAUUAUGAGAAAUGUGCAGAAUGUGAAGCCACUGGGGGAAGCCCACCAUCCCCUCCGCACAUGCUGAACAGUGGUGUCUUGUUCUUAGAUAAGUUAUUGUAUUAUUUUUAGGCGUUAGUAGUCUUUUCUGCCACCAGGGGGCACCACACACAUUUUCAUUUUACCUACAUGCAGCUUUUCAAAAGCCUGGUGCCUGCUGAAGGACUGAUUCAGCAAAGGUGCUGAUAAAUGGUGAGACUUCCUCAAGAGGCUGCAGGUGCACAUGUGCAAUCCUGACACUAAUCGUACCUGUGUGUGUUUGUGUGUGUGUGAAGUGGUCACAAGUUAAUGAAAAGAAACUUUUAGACAAGGAUCGGGGUUUCAGCUCUGACCACAGCAUUUGCUGUCUGUCUCAAUAAACUGACAGAAGAAAUAACUUGUUGUGAAGUUCUUGUAUUUGAUUAUAUUGAUCACCAGAAGACUAACGGACAACAA